AUGCAUUGUAGAAAAAUGAGAAAGCCAUUGCAGACUUUAGUGAUUACUAACAACACUCACAUACUAAAACGAGCUAAAAGGACAAUGACAAAGGUGCUUGAAGACCUACCAGAUUAUCAGUUAAAGGCAGAAGCGCCAGAACAUUGUCCUGGACCAGAGUCUGAAAAUGCAGGGAAAGGUAGCGCAUGUGAGGGCUGCGCCAAUAAAGAAAUUUGUGAAUCACUUCCCAAAGGUCCUGAUCCUGACAUACCAAUCAUAACUGAAAGGUUAGCGAACGUUAAACAUAAGCUGCUAGUACUUUCAGGUAAAGGUGGUGUUGGAAAAUCGACUUUUAGUGCGAUGCUAAGUUGGGCGUUGUCAGCAGACGAAGAUAUGCAAGUUGGAGCUAUGGAUCUGGAUAUUUGUGGACCAUCACUUCCUCGAAUGUUUGGAUGUAACAAUGAAACAGUGCAUGAAUCUAAUGAGGGCUGGACUCCAGUAUAUGUUGCAGAUAACCUAGCUGUGAUGUCUAUUCAGUUUAUGUUACCGGAUGACGAUUCUGCUGUUAUAUGGCGUGGGUCAAAAAAGAAUGCAUUAAUAAAGAAAUUUCUAAAAGAUGUAUACUGGGAUGAAUUAGACUACUUGAUUAUUGAUACGCCUCCAGGCACUUCAGAUGAACACAUCGCUAUCAAUAAAUGUUUAAAAGACUCUAAUAUUGAUGGUGCUUUAGUUGUAACUACUCCCCAAGAAGUAGCACUGUUAGAUGUCAGAAAAGAAAUAGACUUCUGUCGUAAAGCAGGGAUUAAAAUACUAGGACUGGUAGAGAAUAUGAGCGGAUUUGUUUGUCCAUCUUGUAAAGUAGAAUCAAGCAUUUUUAAGCCAACAACUGGUGGUGGGAAGGCUCUAUGUGAGGAAUUGGGUAUAAAAUUCCUGGGCUCAGUGCCACUGGAUCCUAGGAUUCGUAUCUGUUGUGACAAAGGAAGCAGCUUUUUAGAUAUGUAUCCUAAUAGUCCAGCGUCAACCGCAAUUUUGGACGUCGUGGAAUCAUUGCAACAUGCUGUAGGGGAUAUUUAA